AGGAGAGAGGAGAGAGAAAGACGGACAACGACGACCGGAGGCAGACGAAGGGAGCGGAAGUUUGGUAGGCUUUUUCAGGUAGAGACAAACCCACCAGUUGUUGCAGUUGUUUCAAGAGAGAGAGAGACGGAGACUGCCAUGGAAAUGGGAUCUCACUCCUACUCGUUCUGCUGCUACUGUCAUUGAUUCAACUCCAUACCCGAAUUAUUCAGGACUUGGAGAAUCCUUUGGCAUUCUGUUUGUACGCUUAUCUUUGAUUUUGGGAUUUCAUAGAGAAGUUUGAUGGGUUCUAGAUAUCCAUCUCAUCAGCUCAGCAAUGGCCUAUAUGUAUCAGGCCGGCCUGAGCAGCCAAAAGAAAGGACUCCUACAAUGAGUUCGGCAGCCAUGCCAUAUACUGGUGGUGAUAUCAAGAAGUCAGGAGAACUCGGUAAAAUGUUUGAUAUUCCCACAGAUGGAUCUAAGUCUAGGAAAUCGGGGCCUUUGACUGGUUCUCUGUCAAGGACAGGAUCAUUUGGAGGUGUUGCUUCACAGUCAGGUUCUAAUGUGGCAUCUCGGACUGUGUAUAGCACAUCAGGUCCUCAAUCCUCUUCAGGAAUGCCCGGUUCAACUUCAAUGAAGAAGACAAAUUCAGGACCACUAAAUAAACAUGGGGAACCCAUUAAGAAGUCAUCUGGCCCACAAUCUGGUGGGGCAACGAGGCAAAACUCUGGCCCCAUUCCCCCAGUUCUCCCAACAACUGGUCUAAUUACAUCAGGGCCCAUUUCCUCAGGCCCCCUAAACUCAUCUGGGGCCCCUCGAAAGACUUCUGGUCCUUUAGAAUCUGCAGGAUCACAUAAGACUUAUGGUUCCUCUAUUGUUCACAACCCGGCAGUGACUACUCUCACGCAAGAUGAUGACUUUUCUUUUAGAAGGAGCUUCCCAAAGCCGGUGAUGUGGUUGGUGAUUCUGAUAUUUGUGAUGGGGUUCCUUGCUGGUGGUUUCAUACUUGGAGCAGUUCACAAUCCCAUUCUGCUCAUUGUUGUUGUUGUCCUUUUUGGUGCAAUUGCUGCAUUAUUCAUUUGGAACACUUGUUGGGGGAGAAGAGGUAUCCUAGAUUUCAUUGCACGUUAUUCAGAUGCUGACCUCAGAACUGCAAAAAAUGGGCAGUAUGUGAAGGUCUCUGGGGUGGUUACCUGUGGUAAUGUGCCUCUUGAGACAUCAUUCAAGAAGGUUCCUAGAUGUGUCUAUACGUCUACAUGUUUAUAUGAGUAUCGGGCUUGGGGUUCAAAACCUGCCAAUCCUUCACAUCGUUAUUGUACAUGGGGACUCAGAUCGUCAGAGAGGCAUGUGGUCGACUUCUAUAUUUCUGAUUUCCAGUCAGGAUUGAGGGCCUUGGUUAAGACUGGCAAUGGUGCAAGAGUAGUGCCCUUUGUUGAUGAUUCUGUCACCAUUGACAUCAAUCCAGGCAACAAAGACUUGUCCCCAGAUUUCAUCAGGUGGCUGGCGCACAUGAAUCUCUCAAGUGAUGAUCGUCUGAUGCGGUUGAAAGAAGGGUACAUCAAAGAAGGUAGUACUGUUAGUGUGAUGGGAGUUGUUCAAAGAAAUGACAACGUACUUAUGAUCGUCCCCCCGCCUGAGCCAUUAGCAACUGGAUGGCAAUGGACAAAAUGUAUCUUUCCAGCUAGCCUUGAGGGAAUUGUUUUGAGAUGUGAAGAUACAUCAAGCAAUGAUGUUAUUCCUGUGUAGCAAAUGGUAAGUGCUUCGAGACGUUGAUCACGAAUUUCUUUAAUGAAAGAAACAUAAUGCACUGCCUUUGCUAAUGUAAACUUUCGUGGUGGUGUGGCUGUUUUAGUCAAAAGUGUAUGGUCAUUGAUGUAUAGCUCUUGGAGGAUUUCUUUUUGUAGGGCUUCUAAUCCCUGGUUACGUAUUUGUUUAUGGCAACUGACUGCCAAAGGGAGAAAAUGGUUUUUGAGUUUGUUGUUUCCUAUUUAAAUGUUAAAUUGAUGGAUCUCUUUUUAUAAAAGAAAUCUUUCUGU